AACUCCCCUGCGCCGAGCCGUGCCGCCCCGCGGGGCCCCUUCCCCGCUUCCUGAGCGGCCACAAAGACCCAGGCACAAAAGGCUCUCCCGGCACCCUCCCUGACCCCCCGGCAGCAGUCCGCCCUCGUCGGCCUGUGCAGGCCUGCAGGCGGCACCGGCAGCCCCGCCAGGCCACGAACACACCCAGCAGGGUGUGAGCGGGCGGCACGGAGCCGAGUUGCGCACCAGCACCCGCCUGGGAGCUCAGCCCCGCGCUCACCUGGCCACCCAGUGCCCGCUGUGGGAGCCCGACAGGGAGCAGGAUUGUGACCCAUUGGCCUGCGACUGCCCUGCGCUAUGGCUGAUCCCCCCGGCUGCUGCCGCCCCUGUGCCACCUGCCUGCUCUGCCUCUACAGCUGCCAGUGGAUCACUGCCAAGAAGGAGAAGAGGAGGGGCCUGAGAACCACCAAGUGUGACUGCAGCUGGUUCCUCUUCCUCUUCUGCGUCUUUCUCUUCACACUGGUGUGGCUCUACUUUGCCAUCAUCAUCCUCAAUGAUUUCCACAACUUCAACGAGUUCAUCUUCAAGCAGCAGAAGCUGUGGCUGGACUGGUCCCUGGUCCUGCUGAUAGCAACGGCAGUGCUCAUCACCUACUCAACUGUGCUGUUGGUCCUUGCUUUGUGCUUGCAGCUCUGCGGCCAGCCCUUGAAGCUGCACUGGCUGCACAAGACCCUGCUGAUCAUAACUGCCCUCGUGGUGGCCGCGGCCUUCACAGGGCUGGGAAUAAAGUGGGCGGAGGAGUGGAAAAGCGCACGCAUCUCCCUGCAGGAGACAGGUCCCUUCCUGCAUAUUGGAAUCGUGGGGGGAAUGACGCUCCUUGCCUGGCCACUGGCCAGCGUCAUCUACCGCACCCGCAACACAGGUCUCAAGGUGUUUCUGCUGCUUGCGUACUGUGCAGUGAUGAUCGCGCUGUACCUGGCUCCCCUGGGAAUAACCUCCCCUUGCAUCAUGGAGGAGAACCAGCUGCCCCCCAAGCCAGCCCUGGUUGGCCACCGAGGAGCCCCCAUGCUGGCCCCCGAAAACACCCUCAUGUCGCUGCAGAAGGCGGUGGACUGCAAUGUGCAAGUCUUUGAGACGGACGUCAUGGUGAGUGCUGAUGGGGUCCCAUUCCUCAUGCACGAUGAGAAGCUCACCAGGACCACUGAUGUGCAGAAAGUGUUCCCUGAGAGAGCUGACGUGAACAGCACUGCCUUCAACUGGACAGACCUGCAGCAGCUCAACGCUGGCAGAUGGUUCCUGGAGCGGAAACCAUUUCCCACUGUGCAAAGCCUUUCGGGUGGCGAUCGUGCCUUGGUGGAUGAGCAGAGGAUCCCGUCCCUGGAACAGGCACUAGAGGCAGCUAAGGAGAGCAAUAUCUCUAUCAUGUUUGACCUUCGGCCAGAGAACCACAGCGAUUACUGGAGCUUUGUCAAUGCCACCCUGGAUGUCAUCUUAAAGUCAGGCAUCCCGCUGCAGCAGGUCCUGUGGCUGCCGGAUGGGUUCAGGGAGCAGGUCAAAGAGAGAGCUCCAGGCAUCCAGCAAAUUUAUGGCCGGAAGAGGCUCCAGGAUGAGAAGGAGCCACUGUGGCGUGUCAACCUGCCCUACCAAGACAUGAGCUUUGAGGAAAUCAGGCAGUACCGCCGGGACAAUAUCUCGGUCAACGUGUAUGUGGUGAACCAGCCCUGGCUCUUCUCCGUGCUGUGGUGCUCAGGGGUGAGCUCUGUCACUACCAAUGCCUGCCAGGUGCUGAAGGAGAUGGAACGCCCCAUCUGGCUGCUGCCCAGCAGCACAUACCUCAUGAUUUGGAUUGUCGUGGACUGUGUUUCCUUCCUGAUGAUUCUCUGGGCCUUCCUCUUGCUGAAGAAAUGCUCCCAGAGAAGGCAGCCAGUGGAGUCUGAGACGGACGUGCUGCUCACGAAGAUCAACAGCCUGAUGCAAGAUUGACCCCUCCAGCCUGCAUCAGCCGUGGGGAGGGGCAGACAGACGUGCGCAGCUCAAGCAGGGAGUGUUCCUCUGGCCAGCUUCGAGGCUGCUUUUCUUUGUAGACUCCUUCCUGAGCUUGCAGUUCCUGGCUCCUCGCGUGGUGCAGAACUGCCCUCAUCUGAAAAGACCUGGCACUGUGUCCCCUGCUCCUGCUGGCAGUGAGGGGACAGAGCCCGGGCGGGGGGGUUGCUGGUGCUGGCCUGUGCCCUAGGGGCUGAGCUUUCUUCCAGCCAUGCUGGGGUCAAGACCUCAGCUUUGGGAUGCCGGUUCAAAGGCUGGUGGGAUUUCGAGGCACUGUUUGGUGCAGGUGUAUGGCAGUCUCAGCCUGUCACCACUACCUCCGGUGACAGGGCCACCUUGUUUAAAGUGCUGCUGCCCACGGGGCAUGAGGAAUUAGGACUGGAUGCAGUAGGGGAGUGGGAUGCAGGAGCCCCGCUGCUGCUGCCUUCGUGCCUGGGGGCCAGGGUACCAGCUGCCCACACAGCCCCUGCCUGUGCUGCUGGUGCUGGGGUGGGGGGGAAAGGGGCUGGGGGUGGAGGGGGCUGGCUGGGCCACGGCCCCCCGGGGCCGGGAGCACUGUUACUCAGCAUCGGGCACUUUGCGGCGGGGCCUCGACCUCCCUCGCUCCUCCUUAUUUAUGUCAAUAAACGUGCUGAGAGGUAGCCGGGCCCGGCGGCGGCGAGGACCGCUUCCUCCUCCCCGUGCCUGCGGCGGCGCCAGCCGGGGCUGGGCUGCGCCGUGCCCGGCUCGGG